CCGAGUGUUGAUUGGAUUGGACAAAAUACAAAAAAGAAAGCGUGAUUUGAGACCACGUGCAAAUUGAUCUUAGAUAGUAUUGAGGCUUUUUCCAAAGAAUCAGACAUGCAAAACUGAUCAUCCUUUUUUAACUUCUUGUUCAUAAAAAUGCAAACCGCUUACUUAAGAAAAUGUACAUCAAUAAAUGAAAGGAAUGGGCAGCAGCUUUAAAAAAACAUAUCUAUAAAACUAAUGAAUUCAAACAAAGCGUUAGUACAAUGUGUCCAGCAACGCGUUAAAAUGGAGUCGCAUCACAACUCUGCACGCCCGAAUAGUGCGAAACAACACAAGGCUUUAGAAAAAAACCGCAAUGAAGCGUCUUAUUCAAAUCUACGAAAACUUGAUCAAAAGCUGAAAAAGGCAUCCACAGAAAUGUAGAGAGUAGAGUGUCGAAGUGAGCAAAAAGAUGGAAAAAUCGCCGUCCAACCGCGAUAAAAUGCGGGAGAUGUUGGAGUACUCCAGCAGCGAUGACUAUUUCAGGGAAUCUGAGGAUGAGUGGUCUCCGCUGCAUUCCAGCCCCGAACAAAAACGCAAGGAGAAGACUCAAAGAAAAAUGCAGAAUAUGUCUAAAUACGGCUGUUCGUUCUUCUUCCUCGGUGCCACACUGACUGCUUCUUUAGCGCUUACAAUCUGCGCCGCAGAAGAUAUCUUGUCGGGCACGGUCUACGCGACUGGCUGGGUGCUAGUCGCAGCGGCAGCGCCAUCUUGCCUUAUGAAGAUCACAUUCCUUUGCUCGUCGUGUCUAACAAACCUCUCCCUCGUCACUAAGACGUUAGGGAUGUUCAUAUUUAUGAUAACGGGACUGUUAUUCUUGGCUUUCUCCGUGACAAGACUUGAUAUUCGCCUUAUAGGAGUGUGCUUUAUAUCCGCUGCGACAGGACUGGGGGAGAUAACGCUGCUGGUUUACGCUGCCACCAAGUUUCAAGAAGUCGCUCUGAGUGCGUACAUUGCUGGUACAGCUACAGGAGGCGUGCUAAGUGUUCUACCUUAUGUCGGAAUGACCAGCUGGAGCUCCAUAAAACCUCGCACCGCCGCAUUAGUACCAGUUUUCUGGUCUCUACACUUGCUCAUCUUUGCCGUGAUGAAAACUAAGAAACUCACCGCCGAACUUAAAGGAGACUCACGCAUUCGCCAGGAAAUCUAUCAGUACGAAUCACAGGAAAUCUGCGUCCCGUUUUAUCAGGAACGCCUCAUGCAAAUGUGGAAAUCACUACAUGAUUUUAUAAUGCUGUUCCUUGUCUACUUCGCAGUCUACUUCUCCCUCUGUGGCGUCCUCACGACAAAAGUGUUCUCUCAAGCCAAGGACUUUGGGCCCAGGGAGGACUUUCAGCACUACGUUCUGAGCACCAUACUUGGAGAGUUCCUCGGAAGGUCCUUCAUGUCCCUCCUACGUUCCAAGACCCCAGGGGUUAACUACAAGCUUCCGUCAGUGUUCGGAAUCAUUGCUGUGUUCUUGGCCGUAUUGUUUAUCCUCUCCGUAUGGUUCUCUUGGAUUUCAAGGAUCUGGGUUAUGUUCGUUGUAUGUUUCAUGCAAGGGGUGUGUUCUGGGAUCCAAGCGUCUAACUCCUACCAUGCCAUCGCUAACCGUACCCAUGCGGAGCAUGCGCAGUUUAUCCUGACCAUCGCAGGCCUAGCGGAGUCGCUCGGGAUGAUGACCGCUGGACUGAUUGGCCUACACACCGAGCCCGCAAUGCGCGAACACUGCCUGGAAUCUCAGUAUUAUGCUAAUCAAAAUUUUUGCAUGACCCGCAUCAAAGAUGCGAAGUUCUGGGGCUUGGGGCGAGAAGGCCAAUUCCGAUGAAUAUUAAGGCAAUGAUACUCGCAAUCGUAUAUCGAACUUUUGAUAUUUAAGUAAUAGAUUAAAAUCAAAUAUAUUAAUAAGCAGAUUUAGAACUCUUAGUAGCUCGUCAUCAGUUUAUGGGAAUAGAGAUAAACGUAAAGAUGGUAUAAUGUAAAGAUGUAAUCAUAAACUUAUCAAGCUCAUAAAAGUGUGUACCGAACUGUAAAGGAAAAUAAGAAUGCCUGAUCACGAGCCACCAUACUUUACCCUACUCUGUAUGCUCCUGACUUCAAAUAUGGACGAUAUUGACAGGCAAAUCUUGUUUUUCAGAUGAUGAGAAAUUGAACCUAUGUAUCAUUAGAAUGAGAUAAUAAAAAAAAUAUUAUUCUUUUA